AUGGAACUCAUCUUCUUUGUAGGGGUUCUUGCUGGUACAUUUUUCCCUGCUCACUCGUUGGUGCAGAAGGAAGACCCCGCCCCCUAUUUGGUGUACCUCAAGUCUCACUUCAACCCCUGUGUGGGGGUCCUCAUCCAAAGUAGCUGGGUGCUGGCCCCAGCUCACUGCUACUUACCAAAUCUGAAAGUGAUGCUGGGAAACCUGAGGGUCAGGGUCAGAGAUGGGACAGAGCAGGUGAUCAACCCCAUCCAGAUCGUUCGGUAUUGGAACUACAACCACACCAACCCCCAGGACGAUCUCAUGCUCAUCAAGCUGGCCAAGCCGGCCACCUUCAACCAGAAGGUCCAGCCUCUGCCCCUGGCCACCAGCAACGUGCGGCCCGGCACCAUGUGCCUGCUUGCGGGGCUGGACUGGAGCUACGACAACAGUGGCAGGCACCCUGACCUGCGGCAGAGCCUGGAGGCCCCAGUGAUGACGGACAAGGAGUGCCAGAAGACAGAGCAGGGCCAGCGCCACAGGAACUCACUGUGCAUCAAGUUCGUGAAGGUGUUCGCCCGCAUUUUUGGGGAGGUGGCCGUGGCUACUGUCAUCUGCAAAAACAAGCUGCAGGGCAUCGAGGUCGGCCACUUCAUGGGGGGCGACGUCGGCAUCUACACCAACGUCUACAAGUACGUGUCCUGGAUCGAGAGUGUCACCAGAGACAAGUGA